CUAUAUUUCAAAAUUCUAUACUUUGGUUAACAUGUCAAAGAAAAAAGGUCUGAGUCUCGAUGAAAAGCGGCAAAGAAUGUUGGAUUUUUUCUACGAGAAAAAGGACUUUUUUCAACUUAAGGAAUUGGAGAGGUUAUGCCAGAAAGAAAAGGGUAUCAACUCUAUGUCUGUAAAGGAUGUGUUGAUGAGCCUUGUUCAUGACGGUUUGGUCGAUACUGACAAAAUAGGGACCAGUGUUUAUUUUUGGGCUUUUCCCAGUAAAGCUGCACAAAAACUUAGAAACAACAUAGAAAAAGUAAUGGAAGAUAUUCAAAAUACACGCAACCAGAUUUCUAAGACAACUAAAGCUUUGGACGAAGCUUUGAUGAAAAGGGAAGAUACAGAAGAGCGAAACAGAGCUAUAAACAAGCUAACUGAACAAAAGUUGUUGCUUGAAUCUCUUAGUGCAACGCUUCAGAAUUUAAAAAAGUACGAUCCUGACCGCCUGUUAGAGCUAAAACAACAAGAAUUGGUGGCCAUUGACUCUGUUAAUCGUUGGACGGAUAAUAUAUUUAUCAUCAAGUCAUGGUUAAAUAACAAAUUUUCUCUUGAUGAAGCUACAUUUUGUCGCCAGUUUGAAAUACCUGAAAAUUUUGACUAUAUCUCUUGAAUGUUCCAUGUAUAUUAUAGAUUUCCUUAACAAUA